AUGUCGCGUAAUCCUCCUUCAGAUGAUCCGACAACGCCACUGUUACAAUCGGCUGUGGCGAAACCUAUAGCAGGCGCAGAUCAGACACUAGGAUCACAGGGAGACGUUGAUAGUGAACUGAGGUGGAACGAGUCCGUCAUUCAGGCAUGGCGGGUGCUCGCUACCUUCUUUUGCUUCAUUGUGGUCGGUGCGAACGAUGGCACAUAUGGAACUAUGCCGCUGUAUCUGUGGUCUUUCUUUCCCCUUGUGUCGGGUACGUUGCUGCUGCGCUAG